AUGAAUAAAAGUAAGUACAGUAGUAUAUAAAUCUUAUGAAAUAAACUUUCCCGUUUUGGGGGUGCAGAGUCCCCUACCCCAUUUGGCUCCCAAUUUGUCCCAUUUUUGAAGAUAUAAAAAUUGGCGUUUGUGUGCUCACCCAAACCUGCUUGCCUUGUUCGCAACUUAACUUGCUAGCUGCUUAGGAAGUUGAGCCCGCCCUACGCUCCAAAGCUGGCUGAUUGAUGCUCCAGGCUAGCCAAUAGUGGAGCAGCAGCCUUGAGAAACAGCUUGUUUGGCAGAGCAGAGUUCAGUAAGGAGUCCUACCAACUAAUUGUUUUUGAAAUAUACUUUCUCCCCCUUCCCAUACACAGAACUAAAUGCAUAUUUUAUGAUGGCACAUGUCACCUGCAAUUGUUAGAAUUGGCUGUGGGGUUUUUCAAAAAUCAGCCUUUUUCCAGCACUUCUUACACCCCUGUAUUGCAGACCAGCCUGGUUAGCCCUUCUAUCACAAAUGCAGAGGGAGGGAGCAGAGACAACAGAAUUGCUAGAACUUAGUGACUUCAGGCAAAUGCUGAAACUUCAAAUGGUGAUCUGCUCAGGGAAACCAUUCCUGACUGUUAGGGUUGGGUUAGCCCAAGACAUUUUGCUACCUGAGAAAGAACCGUGGGAUAGCAAGCAGUCCUUCUCCCCAGAGGACUCCAAGGAUUAUAUUUCUGGGAGAGAGAUAUCUCUAAACAAACUGGAGGUAUUUGGGGGACUCCAUGACUGUUAAUGUGGUAUAAGAGUGCCUUAAAUGAUGCAUUAGUUAAAAUUCCUGCAUUGCUGGGGGUUGGACUAGAUGACCUUCAAGGUACCCUCAAUUCUAUGAUUCUAUGAAUGCCUACAGCUCAACAAUUUUGGGGUCUUCCUAAAAAAAGUUCAACAACUUUCAGGGUAUCCUGGUUUUUACUUUUUGAAAUAUGGCAACCCUAUUGGAGACAAAGCUUUGUGAGGAAGAGAAACAGAAUUUGUUGCUAUCUCCACCUCUUUCUUUCUUUGGCUGGCCAUUCAUCAGGUGGGGAGCAUGUGACUCAUUGAAAUGAAUGUGCAUUGGGUCAUUGGCUCUACCCUAUGAGUAUGACCAGCACUGGAAACAACCCAUCGCAAUGGAUUGCUUUGAAGUGAUUUCAUUCUGCACAAGGUAAAGUAAUUUUUAGUCCCCCAAUUCCUCCCCACGUCCCUUAUUUUGCCCGACCAAAGGUGGCAACUCUACUCACUGCCUCUCUUGUCAUGAAGUGAUAAGGGUGGUUACCUUCCACCACCACCUCAAAAAAGUAGAGUGUUGAAGAAGGAAGUUUGUAGAGUGGCAUGCAUUCCCACUUUCUCUUUUUUUCUGUUUGAUUUUCAAGGUUCCGUAUUCUACAUGGGCCAUCAGGCUACCAUGGUAUACAUUUGCAUUAAUUUGGGGCCUUAGUGUACUUACUUGCCUUCCAGAGUGCUAUUUCCUUUUCGGAAGGGGCAUCACACAGUGGUGGAGCAAAUGUUUUGCAUGCUGAAGGUUACAAGUUCAAUCCUUGGCAUCUCCAGGUAGGGAUGGGAAAGACUCCUAUCUGAAACCUUGGAGAGUCAGUCAGUGUAGACAAUACUGAGUUAGGUGAACUGACUGGUCUGACUUGGUGUAAGGCAGCUUUCCCUGUUCUUACAGAAUUGCCUGUCAUUGUUAAGUGUCUCCUUUUCAUACUACAGUAGCCUUUAAUCCUUGUUUUCAGUGUGAUGCCUCCAGGGCAUUGGCCUCCUUUCAUUUUGCCCCCAAACAUACUGAACACUCCAAAAUUCACACUCACCGAACUGAAAAAGGCUAGCAGUUUGUUGCCUUGCAGGACAUGGGAAAGGAUCAUUGUCUGGAAAAGGUUUUUGAAAGGGAAGGAAUUGGUACCAAGGCCUUCUCAGUAGUGGCACCCUCCCUGUGGAAUGCCCUUCAUAUGUCAAGGAGAUAAAGAACUACAUAACCUUUAGAAGAUAUCUGAAGGGAAGUCCUGUAUCGGCAAGUUUUUAAUGAGCGGGGUAUAAACAGUAGUAGUAGUAGUAGUAGUAGUAGUAUAGUAUUACCCGUUGCAGCUUGUAAGCACAUCUUUGUAGGAUAAAUGAACAUUGAGAGUCAUCUCAGGGUAGACAGCAUGAAAAGCUAUGACAGAGGGACAGGCGCAUCCAUGGAAAUAUUAGGCACCCAUUCACAGUCACAGUGGCACAAACCAUUCUAUGAAAGUACAUCAUUCCAGCUAGCAGAUGGCAUACAGGCUGGGUUCCUAUGCUUUUGCACGGAAGGGAGAAUUUUGGCUGUCUUCUCACAAUGAGUAGUAUGGUAAGAAAAGCAGCACCUGAUAAUGCUUUCUGUUGUCUCUGGCACCUUUUGAGUAGUUUGGUGAUGCUUUGUUGUUGUUGUUGUUUAGUCGUUUAGUCGUGUCCAACUCUUCGUGACCCCAUGGACCAGAGCACGCCAGGCACUCCUGUCUUCCACUGCCUCCCGCAGUUUGGUUGGUCAGACUCAUGUUUGUAGCUUCGAGAACACUGCCCAACCAUCUCAUCCUCUGUCGUCCCCUUCUCCUUGUGCCCUCCAUCUUUCCCAACAUCAGGGUCUUUUCCAGGAGUCUUCUCUUCUUAUGAGGUGGCCAAAGUAUUGGAGCCUCAGCUUGACGAUCUGUCCUUCCAGUGAGCACUCAGGGCUGAUUUCUUUAAGAAUGGAUACGUUUGAUCUUCUUGCAGUCCAUGGGACUCUCAAGAGUCUCCUCCAGCACCAUAAUUCAAAAGCAUCAAUUCUUCGGCGAUCAGCCUUCUUUAUGGUCCAGUACUCAUGAAUAAAUCGACUAGAAAUGGAAUCCAUCCCAAGAAUCCAGUCUUCGCUAGUUAAAACUGCAGCACUUCCAUUGACUGAGAAUGGCUCUGCUCCUGGGGACUGGUUAAAAUCUUACCAACCUGAGCACACAAACUAGGAUGCUUUAUCAUUGAUCCACUGGCAGCCAUUUUUAACCCUUUAACUCCAUCACAUCCCUAUCUGCAUCCCUCCCACUCUGCCCUGCCCACUAUUUACUUUCUUUUAAAACAGCAUUUCUACAAUUACUAAUUGUGUAUCACCAUCAUUUUUGUUUUGGCCUUCUGUCUCCUGAAACCAAACCCUGAAACGGAGUACUAGACAAGUACUAUGCCUGGAGCUUAGUGUGAGUGGCACUUACUUUACAUGGGACCUCUCCUAGGAAAAUAGCCAGUGAGCAGGCCUUAAGCUACCUGUCAGCAUGGGUGGGAAAGAGGUUAACUAGGGCCACAGCAUGAGGGAGAGUGUUUCCAGUUGGCUUGCAAACAGAUAUAUGGAAAUGGUGUGAGGAAAACAUUCCGUGGGAUUGCCAAGCUAAGAGCAGGCCCAUUUUAAUAUUUCACUAUGAGUUAAAAAAUGCUUAAGGUUCCAUAUGAUCUGUAUGCAGUUGGUUGGGACACAGUUUUCAUCCCAAAAAAUGAAAUAUUUGGCUAUCUAUGUAUACUGACUGUUGAAUCAUAUCAUGUUUGUUUUUAUUUUUCCUUAUGAUAAAUAGCCACUACUGUAACUGUUGCCCAAUUGUGUGACACCAUUAUGGCAGACCCACUGUCCAAAGAUCUUUCUGUUAUCUCAUCCCAAGCUGCCUCUCGUAGUAAACUGGCAUGAUGAUAAAGCACAUGGGAAGUGUGCUGUCACACAAACAAAUCAUGGAGCUGGGCAUGUUUAGCCUGGAGAAGAGGAGGUUAAGGGGUGAUAUGAUAGCCAUGUUCAAAUAUAUAAAAGGAUGUCACAUAGAGGAGGGAGAAAGGUUGUUUUCUGCUGCUCCAGAGAAGCGGACACGGAGCAAUGGAUCCAAACUACAAGAAAGAAGAUUCCACCUAAACAUUAGGAAGAACUUCCUGACAGUAAGAGCUGUUGGACAGUGGAAUUUGCUGCCAAGGAGUGUGGUGGAGUCUCCUUCUUUGGAGGUCUUUAAGCAGAGGCUUGACAACCAUAUGUCAGGAGUGCUCUGAUGGUGUUUCCUGCUUGGCAGGGGGUUGGACUCGAUGGCCCUUGUGGUCUCUUCCAACUCUAUGAUUCUAUGUGGUUGGGCUGUGAAUCAUCCUGGCAUUCCAUCAAGAUGAAAAAUUAUACAAAGUUGAAAACAUUAAUUUUCAACACAUAUAAUGCUGCAGUCAUCUGUUCCUGUAAAUGGGGGUGGGGAGUUUGAAGGCUUUUAGGCUCCUACACAGAAGUGUUAUCUGCUGUUGAUGGGAUUCUUGCUUUGCCUCUUCACUCUCAGGGGAAUUGCUAUAUAGGAGUUUGACUCAGUAUUAAUAAAAAUAUUUAUGUGAGAGAGUUGCAGGAGAUGGACAACGUUGUUUAAAAGCUCUUUACUAGGAGAGAGGUGAUGAAAUGGCAUUUGCAUUUGCAUAAGUCUCCUGGGACUUGUCAAAGCCACAGUAGCAACAACUGUGCUCGAUUGCAGCAUGCAUUUUAAUGUUCCUUGGAGCAUUGAUUAUAAUUGUGCCAGGGAACUAAGUACAGAAGUUGCAUGCUUACCCUCUACUGCGUACAUAAUAUGCACCCUCCUUAAAUGUGUUCUAGCUUUUGAGUUGAGCAAAGAUGCUGCUUCUCUUUUCAGUGAGAUAAGAUGAGAUUUAGGCUGCAAUCUAAACAUACUUAUUAGAGAAUAAGCCCUCUUGAGCACAGGGGGGAAUAUACUGCUGAGUAAACAGGCAUAGGAUUUCACUGCAAGUUCUGAAUAUAAGUCACAUGGGCCUUUGGAGGAUGAGUGACUUGGAGCUUAUGAAAAACAUUUAAAGUUUAUAUAUUGCCAUUUUGUGUAAGUUCCCAGGCAGUCAUCCUCCAAAAGGCUAUAUGACUAAAAUUCAUAAGUGGCAGUGAAAUCCGUGCAGGUAAUUUUAAACAGACAUUGUCUUAAGUCCUUCAAGGAAUCAGAGUGUCACACAACAUUCUGAAAUGAAAUGUGAGGAGGAGAUUUGGGGAUGGGGUCUUAAUUAAAUUCCUUGAAGAAGGCACUUCAGAAUAUUCAGGGGAUGAAAAAGAACGACCAGCCUCAAACACAAGUUUACAUUAUUGCAUUUGUCUUCAACUGUCUCAUAACUUGAACUUGCUUACAUAUUGAAAGAUUAGUCAGUGGAAAGAGCUUGUUUUGCAUUCCAAGUCAGGGUACCAUGUGAAUUAUACAGUGGAUACCUUGAACUUCUAAUGUUGAAAUAAGACUGAAAGCUAGGAGGCUUAUGUUGUGGCUGUCUCCAGGGCAUCUGUAUCUUUUUUUACAUUUUCCUGAAUUUCAGCUUGCAAAAGCAUCUGUUCAAAGGGCAUCGGCUUACUACUUUAACAGAAUUAGUGUACAGCUUGUGUAGACAUACAAGAUAACAUAGACAUGGCCAACCUUUUCACAGAAACACUUCCACUGGUUAUGUUGCCUUUGUUAUAUGGAUGUGUGUGCAUGCUGAUCGUCUAGGAAUUGCAUCAUGUGACAGCAGCAAAAAAUUCAUCACCCUACCUGUUAGCAGCCUAAAGCAGACAAUACAUUUUAUAUAGGUGCCCACCCUAGUUCUUUUUCAGCGGCUUUAAAACAAGAAAAAAUAAUCUAACAGCACAGCCUCUGCACAAGGGACAUCAGUAGUACAACCUAGUUUGGGGAUUAGAGCUAGAUUAUAAUUUUGAAACAACCACCUUGCUGUGUGUGCCCACAGUGAUGGGCCCUGAGACACACAGCCCAGGAUCUUUCUUGACAGGGAAAUGUAACGAACAACCACAACUGGGGUCUAUCUUUGCAAUGGAAUAUGUGGACAAAUAACCAGCCCACAAUGGAAGUUUAAAAGCUUUAUUUCCUAAAUUAGUUUUACACAGCUAGGGCAUCUUCUGUCUGAUGGGAGGUUACCCUUGGGGAAAGGGAAAUGAAAGAAUUAUCCUACCGAAGCAGACUAACCCUAUUCCACUAAAAAUCCCAGCCCACAAGGAAAAAUAGGAAAAGGGUGAGAUGUGAGAGGAGAUGCUGCCUGUUUGGGUUUUGCUGUGUAGCCUUCUCCAAACUUGGCCCGGAGAGAGAACUACCUUUAUAGAGAUACAGGAUGGAGCAAAGUCCUAUCCCUCAGGAUCCAGAAUGCCACAAUAUUGCAAAGUAGUACAGCCCAGAUUUCUUGCAUCUUCACACCUCACAUCCGCUAGCCCAAGCCUCACUUAUUUGCUUUUUAGCCACUGUAAGCAAAAGACAGUCAUAACCACACACACAAAUGUAUCCUUCCUGCUAUGCUGUUGCCUUGUGGUUACUAGGGCUUGAACUGCUUUCUCAAGGCUAGAUUUCUUCUGCAAAAAGCUUCAUUAGUUUACUAACAGCUUAAACAUUUAAAAGUUAAGAGUUAAUAUUAGGAACAAGUGGUUUACUACAAGGAUAUGUGUUUUUAAAGCAUUAUAUGUAGUAAAAAAAUUAAUAUCUCAUAAGCAUAAAGGCUGUAGGUUGCCAAAUACACAAGUUGGCCAUAGUUUUUCUGCUUUAUUAUGGUUGGCAACUUACUGUAAGCAUGUUUAAAUAAUACAAGAUGCAUUUUAAUCAUUACAACGCCACAGCCAAAUUUUGGACUUCCCUGACAAUGAUUUGCAGUCCUCAUGAAAGGUAUGCAGCAAAAUGUCAGUGCACUCUUCAGUAGCCAGAGCUACUGGAUUUGGCCAACCAUGCCACAGGCUUGAUAUAAGAAGGGAAUAAAGGAAGCCUGCAGAAGGAAGCCUCUAUUCCAAGAAGAGAAUGAAGGAAGCCCCUGGCACACCACCCUCAAAACCACUCUGGUAGGCAGGUGAACCCCCAUAGCAUUGUGCAGGGGAGGAAAGGGGAGACUGUUCUGUUCAGCAAGCAGAUAUUAUUGUGCUGAUGGAAUGAUCUCUCUAGCAUUAUGUUGAAUUCCACUCUUACGUAUGUGCAUUGUUUUUAAUUCAAUGGACAUAGAGACAUACAGUCCCCACCUGCACUCUGAAGUGGUACAAUCCUAAAAGGACUAUAUGUGAUAUUUCUGAAUGUGCAUUUAACCUGCAUCUAAGAAUAACAAAUGUUUUGUUAGCACACACACAAAACAAACGAUUUCUUUUUCUUCGAUACAGCUUAAAUGUGUUUGUUUACACGCACCUUUUCUGGAUACUCUCACAUACAGACAAUCAAAAUCCAUACCAAUUUUCUGGAGAGGAUUGUAAUUAUAGUGUCAGCAUAGCAGCAAGCACCCCAUCAUCCUGAUGACAAUGUCAGUGCAGGCUGGUCUUGUGCCAUGGUCCUGUAGAUAUGGGAAAUCCUUGCCCUUUCUUGUAAAGAGAAAAGCUGGAACCUGGAGUGCAGGAAGGCCCAAGAAGAUAAGUUGGCCAUUUGCAAGUAUUGUAUGGUUUCUACGUGGAUUGCUUGGACUUCUCUAAGGAUUAUGCUUCUUACAUUGUUCUCAACCAGUGAAAUAUAUGUUGUUUUUUUAAACCCUUUCGAUUCUAAUAGGAUUUUCCUUAUUUUUAGGCUGUCUCACUACAAGUCUGAGUGCUGAUCUUGCCACAUCUGUGGGGACAGAGCCAGCAGAGCAGAUGCCACCAACACUGUCAAGUGCCACAAAAAACAAGCUCUCUGGGAAGCUGCGCCGAUCUGCGAGCACUCUCAGUAAAUCUUCAAGUUAA